CAUAUAUGUUAUAUUCACGUGUUUAGAUUCCGACUUAUGAAUUGCUACACAUUGUGUAUAUAUAUUUAAUAAAUGUGAUUAAUUUUUACGUACGUGUUUAUCGUUAAUAACUUAUUAAUUACAACACAAACGUAAAAUACAGGUUUAUGUAACUAAGUACUUUAAUGGUCCAGAAUGAAUGACGUUCAAGCUAUGUUAGAUGUAUAUACUACUGAAAUACAACCCAUUGUAGAAAGCUCAUCCAAUAUAGUUAACACUGUAGAUGAUUCAGUAGAAAGUAUGGUAUCUCCAGACAGUAUAGAUAGCAAGAGUGAGAGACGUAAUAGUAUAUUACUGAAAAAGCUUUCUGAAAGAACACGUGAAAGCAAUUUGCCAAUUAUAAAAUUCAAAUCACAAAUUCUUAAAAGUCUAGAUGAAAACCAGGUUCUCUUAAUCAAAGGUGAUACAGGAUGUGGGAAAAGUACUCAAGUACCACAGUUUAUAAUGGAUGCAUACAUACAAGCAUACAGAGCGCAUGAAUGUAACAUACUUGUAUCGGAACCACGAAAAAUUUCAGCUGUGACUCUUGCACAACGCAUUGCUCAUGAGAGAGAAGAAGCUGUUGGUGAAUCUGUAGGCUUCCAUGUACGUUUGAAUCAUAUAAUACCACCAACGAAGGGAUCAAUUUUGUUUUGCACAACUGGUAUAUUUUUACGAAGGUUACAACAGAAUCCAACUUUAGAAGGUGUAUCGCAUGUAAUUAUAGAUGAAGCUCAUGAAAGGACAUUGCAAAUCGAUAUACUACUUAAUAUAAUGAAAAAAUUGUUACGCAUUAAGCCAAGACUGAAACUUAUAAUUAUGUCUGCAACAGUGAACACGGAAUUAUUUCAACAGUACUUUCAGUGCACUAGCAUUGAAAUUCCAGGAAAAAUGUAUCCAGUAGAAACAUACUUUGUAGAAGAUAUUGAACGCAAAACAGGCAUAAAAAUAGAAAAUACAUACAACGAAAUGAAAAUUCCUGUCAACGAGUUACUACGUCUAAUCUUGUGGAUUGCAAAGAAUAAACCAUAUGGUAGUAUUUUAUGUUUUGUACCAGGUUGGCGAGAAAUUCAGAAUCUACGUGUCAUGUUAAAAGAAUCACAUGUUAGGAAUCUUCAUAUAUUACCAUUUCAUUCGAAGCUAACAAAUGUUGAACAAAAACAAGUUUUCGAAGCUGUUUCCGAUGAAGUCCGAAAGAUUAUUUUGGCUACAGACAUUGCUGAGAGCAGUAUCACAAUUCCAGAUGUUAAGUAUGUUAUAGAUACUGUUCGCAAAAGAGAUAUCAUUUGGGACACAGAUUCAUGUUUGUAUACUAUAACGACUCAUUGGGUAUCAAAGGCAAAUAUUUUGCAGAGAAGAGGAAGGGCUGGACGUGUUUCACCUGGUGAAAGUUAUCAUUUCAUAACGAAAGAUAUAUAUAACCAAUUAAAUGAAUUUCCAGAACCAGAAAUACGCAGAAUAUCAUUAGAACAAGCAGUAAUUACUAGUAAAAUAUUUAGUAAUGAGACAAUAAAAGAAUUCUUUGGUAGUAUGAUUGAGCAACCCAACGAAACGUCGCUAUUCGUUGCUGUAGAAUGUUUGAAAGACCUUGGCAUUCUUGAUCAAAAUGAAAAUGUGACACCUUUAGGAAGACGUGUGAUGUAUUUCUCAUUGGAUGUGAAGUUGAGCAAAGCAAUAAUAUUUUCUUAUCUUUUUCAAUCUUUGGGUCCUAUGUUGACAUUAGUUACAAUCUUAUCCUCUGACAACGAAUCGUCUUCUACCUCGUUAGUCGAUAAAACGACGAAGAGAAGACGAAAAACUGAACAUCACAACUCGAGUGACCAUAUUGGUAUGAUAGAAACUUAUAAGAAAUUGGAGCAGAAUUUUAAAGAAUUGGAUUACGUUUACGAGAGAAGUCAGGAUUUCAAGGAGUACGAAAGGAUAACACAGAUUCGCGAACUACAUCUGGAUGGACUUCUUCAGAGUGGCAUGUUCCAUAAUGUUGAGGAAUAUGAGAUUGUGAAUGAGCACAAUAAACAUAAGGAAUUGCUUCGUGCUAUUUUAUUUUCAGCUACUAAUCAACUAUUAAGGGUCUUCCCUUAUGGAUUUAAAAACAACUAUUUUUCAAAACGUAUCACUACAAUACGAACCGAAGACAAUAAAACAGUUAUUAUUUCAACUGGAAGUGUGAAUUACAAAAGACAGAAUUGGCCAAGUAAACUUCUAACAUAUGUCGCACGAGUUCAUGAUCAUGAAUCAAGACGAUGUGUAGUUCAUGACACAAGCUUAAUUUCACCACUAUCGGUGCUGUUAUUUAGUCAGGGUGAGGUUUUUUUCGAAAAGGUACAACAAGACGAUAGUGCUGAAGACAAGAAUGUUACUAUCACUAUAAACAACUUGAAAAACUUAACUUUUGUCACCGACGAAAGAUCUGCAAGAAUAUUGUUAGAUUUUCGUAGCGUCUUAUGGAAUGUUAUGAACUAUUUGAUCAAAUAUGAGGGCGUAUCGAAAGAAGCAGAACAUUUAAAAUAUGUUAAACUUUACAAAAAUAGAUUGUUGCAUGUAGUUUUAGAUAUAAUCAAUGAUUCGGCGAGUAAUAUAGAUAGUUCUGUUGAAGUAAGCGAUUUAGAACACAAUCGUCGACUCGAAAAGUAAAAGAAAUUUUCUAGAAAACUAUGUUUUGUGGACUUAUUGUUUAGUAUUAAUUAUAUGUAUAUGUAAUAUACGUAUGUAUUAUAAUAUUAUACUAUGGAGUAAUAUUUGCGAAUUAUUGCUCGGUUAUAAGUUUUUCGCGCCCUCUUUAUUUCGUUUUGAAAUAAAUAGAUGUUUCUAAUAAAUAAAUUUAGAAAUGUAUAAUGAUAUAUUUAUGUGAUUUUGCAAAUACAUAACAUAGAGAUUUCAAGAUUAUCUAUAAACAUAAGUUUCACGAAUUCACGUGAGUACAUGAUCACAGUAUAAUGUUCCGUACAACGACGCACCUCUACUGAGCGUAAUUAAUGUAAAUAUACUUAGGUGUCCCAUAAAAAA